AUGGGAAACAAUCCUAGCUCGCCCCUCGCGCACUGCCUAAACGACGUCUGCGCAGGCCGCGGCAACUGCGUCGCCUUCCCCAAGGAGUUCCUCUACCAGGCCAACUGGGUAAAGCCCUACAACCUCGACAUCCCCGUCAACCCGGCCGCCGUCUUCCGCCCCGACAACGCGGCCGACGUCGCCGCGGCCGUCAAGUGCGCCGGCCAGAGCAAUGUCCAUGUCCAGGCCAAAUCCGGCGGCCAUUCCUACGCCAACUUUGGACUCGGCGGUGGCGAUGGAGGUCUUAUGAUUGACCUCCAGCACCUCAACAACUUUUCCAUGAACACCGACAACUGGCAGGCCACCUUUGGCUCCGGCUUUCUCCUCGGCGACCUCGACAAGCAGCUCCAUGCCAACGGCAAGCGCGCCAUGGCCCACGGAACCUGUCCCGGCGUCGGCAUCGGCGGCCACGCCACCAUUGGCGGCAUCGGCCCCUCGUCGCGCAUGUGGGGGACCGCCCUCGACCACGUCCUCGAAGUCGAAGUCGUCACCGCCGACGGCAAGAUCCAGCGCGCAUCCAAGACGCAAAACGCCGACCUCUUCUGGGGCCUGCAGGGCGCCGGCGCCAGCUUCGGCAUCAUCACCGAGUUUGUCGUGCGCACCGAGCCGGAACCCGGCAGCGUCGUCGAGUACACAUACAGCCUGAGCUUCGGCAAGCAGGCCGACAUGGCGCCCGUGUACAAAAAGUGGCAGGACCUCGUGGGCGACCCCAACCUCGACCGCCGCUUCACCUCGCUCUUCAUCGCCGAGCCGCUGGGCGUGCUCAUCACGGGCACCUUUUACGGCACCCUCGACGAGUACAAGGCCUCGGGCAUUCCCGACAAGCUGCCCGCGUCGCCGGCCAAUAUUACGGUUAUGGACUGGCUGGGCAGUCUGGCGCACAUUGCGGAAAAGACGGGCCUGUACCUCUCCAACGUGUCGACCAAGUUUGUCAGCCGCUCGCUGGCGCUGCGCGAGGAGGACCUACUGAGCGAGCAGUCUAUCGACAAUCUUUUCAACUACAUGGGGAGCGCCGAUGCUGACACGCCCCUGUGGUUUGUCAUUUUCGACAACGAGGGCGGCGCGAUCGCGGAUGUGCCCGACAACUCGACGGCCUACCCGCAUCGCGACAAGAUUAUCCUCUACCAGUCCUACUCGGUCGGCCUCUUGGGCGUGUCGGACAAGAUGGUUAAUUUUGUCGAUGGCAUCCAGGACCUGGUGCAAAAGGGCGCGCCCAAUGCGCACACCACCUAUGCGGGCUACAUCAAUGCAAACUUGGAUCGCAACGCUGCGCAAAAGUUUUACUGGGGCGAGAAGCUACCCCAGCUGCAGCAGCUCAAGAAGAAGUUUGACCCGACCAGUCUGUUCCGCAACCCGCAGAGCAUUGAUCCCGCCGAGUAG